GGAGGGCUAUGGUGACGCUGCAGGGGCAGGUUUGUGCUGACGCUGGCCUGUAGGGGUGACAGGCCCUGAUAUGGCCGAAUGAGUAGUCCAGAGAGAGUCAGCAGCAAAGCAGCUCAGAAAUGGAGUAGGACCUGUGCACGUACACACUCUCUCAUACACAUUCUUAAUAACAGUUUGUUCAUCCAACUGAAGCACAGCCAUGCAGGAAUCUCCUGGCUCUAUUGGUGUAGAUGGGGGUUAUGCCAGUAAUGUGCCUGCCUUCCUAACCAAACUGUGGACCCUGGUCGAGGACCCGGACACCAACCAUCUCAUCUGCUGGAGUGCUACUGGAACCAGCUUCCAUGUUUUUGACCAGGGAAGGUUUGCCAAGGAGGUGCUGCCAAAAUACUUCAAACAUAACAACAUGGCCAGCUUUGUCCGUCAGCUCAACAUGUAUGGCUUCAGGAAGGUGGUGAACAUAGAGCAGAGUGGCCUGGUGAAGCCAGAGCGAGACGACACAGAGUUCCAGCACCUCUACUUCCUGCAAGGCCACGAACACCUGCUGGAGCACAUCAAGAGGAAGGUCUCCAUCGUGAAGAGUGAAGAGACUAAAGUACGACAGGAGGACUUGAGUAAGCUGCUGUAUGAGGUGCAGGUGCUGCGCAGUCAACAAGAGAACAUGGAGUGUCAGAUGCAAGACAUGAAACAGCAGAAUGAGGUGCUGUGGAGAGAGGUGGUCUCACUGAGACAGAACCACACCCAGCAGCAGAAAGUCAUGAACAAGCUGAUUCAGUUCCUAUUCAGCCAGAUGCAAUCAAACGCACCCAGCACUGUAGGAAUGAAGAGAAAGCUUCCCCUCAUGUUGGAUGUUGGCUCCACCACACCUCCAGCCUCUAAGUUCAGCCAUAGCCACCAAAUGGAGUCCCUGCAUGAGCCCUUCUAUAUCCAGUCGCCAUCUACAGAAACUGCCUCUUGCUCCAAUAGUGCAAUGACAGGAGGACCAAUCAUAUCAGACGUUACAGAAAUGUCACAACCCACCAACAUGGCCAUUCAAAUGCAAACAGAGGAGACAAGGGAUAAGUGUAUGAUGCUUAUCAAAGAGGAACCAGUGAGCCCAGGGGUGCGAGGCCGGGGGGAUGGUGUUCCACUGGGCUCCUGCGAGGUGUGUUCUGAACCCCCUGUCCUCCAUGUUGCCAUGGUACAGUCCGUCCUGGAGGGCAGAGGGUCUGGAGCAGAGAGGAGGAGCAAGAGACCUGCUCUGGAAAGACCAGAAGUACCUGAUGCUGUAGAGAAUGUGGACAUGAGUCUAGAGGACUUGCAGCUUCUCCUGAGGACCCACCAGCAAAGCGUGGAGCCCACCGCUGCUGUCAUAGAUCCAUUCACUUUCAACCUGCCCUUGAGUGAGUGGAACUUUAAUGAUAUGGAGUCCAACCUAAAAUCAUACAUGUUUCAGAACCAGGAGGCAGAAGCUUACCCCAACGCUGGAUGUGAGGAACAGUAACGGCUUGACAGAUCAGCUGACACAGGCUAGUCCUGACAAAGACAG